CAGGCACACGGGAAUUCAGUUUUCAAGCCUGGACAGGAAACAUGCUCACUGCACCAUACAAACAGACAAGCGCCCCACAUACAGUACACUAGCAGGAAGCUAGGCUUGAGUACAGACCGUUAUCAGUUCUACUGUUGCGCUGCAGAAAUGCAAAACAGCAAAUUUCGCAGAUGGAGAACUCCUACAUUUAUUGAACAGAAGCAACAGCGAGAGGGGUGAAGACAAGAAAACCUUUAAAACUCUGGGACACAGACUGGAGGGUGAUAUGGCCGACCUUGUGCCAGGACUACUCAUUUGUUUGAUGACAGUUCAGACCUUUCAGCAGGAUGGAAAUAGGACCACAACUAAAAUGCCAACUGGUGCGAUACCAAAAACCUUCAAGGGGAGGACCUACGAACACAAUCAAACAAACCAGCUCUAUCCCAGCACAAACCCUUGGCUGUAUGUGGACUCGGAGGACCCAGUGACAGACUAUACCACAGGGGUCCUCAGCACCAGGGUCAUACCUUCAUCAUACAUCCUGGCUAUGCUGGUGGGUAUCCCCGCCAACGUCUACAUUCUGACCUUCCUCAGACUCAAAACAAAGUCCUUGUCCACAGUUGUUCUUUACCUGAACCUGGCCUUGUCCGACCUGCUGCUGCUGCUCUCUCUGGCGCUGCGUGUUCACUACCACUUCAACGGGAAUAACUGGAUAUUUGGGGAAAUCUCCUGCCGGUUUAUCACAGCCUUGUUUUAUGGCAAUGUUUAUAGUUCAGCUCAAACUAUAGCUUGCAUCAGUCUGAAGCGCUACCUGGCUGUGGUCAGACCGUUUUUGUACAGAAGGCUGGCUAAGACUACGCUGGCAGUGUGGACGUGCUUGGUUGUCUGGUUCCUGUUCGGCGCUGCCAUUGUGCCUGAGCUCCUGGUCAGGCAGAGCUACCACGUUACCCAGCUGGAAGUCACCACCUGCCAUGAUGUACUUCCCCUAGAAGAAAAAUCCCAUUCCGUGCUGGUGCCAUACAGGCUGAUGAUGGUUUGUCUGGGCUUCAUAGUGCCCUUCCUGAUUUGCAUCUAUGCCCAUGUGGCAGUAGUAUACCACCUAGGGCAAUCUCGUUGUGACUGGAAACCUUUUAUCAGGGUCAGCACUCUAGUUUUCAUCAUCUUUGCGGUGUGUUUUUUGCCAAGUGGUAUCCUGCAUAUCGCCCACUACAUCCGCCUGUUUUCCAGUGGGGAUGACAGACUGUAUGGAUACUACAGAGUAGCGGCGUGUCUCUGCUGCUUCCAUAGUUGUCUGGAUCCCUUCCUGUGUAUGCUCAUUUCAAAGAUGGCAGCUUCAGAACUACAAUUCAUCUCCCUCCGCGGGAUACCUCAGAGGUCAACUGUUAUGACGUGAGACGGGAUGUGUUUGUACAGAAAAAAACUUCUCCUUGCUGGACCAUUGUUAGGAACAAGCAGGGAAGCACAAGCCCAGAUACACAGAUAGGAAAGUUAAAACUGUGAAUUUAACAGAGUGAUACUGCAGAUUGAUACUGCAGUCUCCAAAAGAACACCAAGCACUGUGAAGUUUUAGGAAUAAGAGGAUCAGGAAGGGAACAUUUAGACGGUGAAUAUACAAGCCUAUCAUGUUAACCCAGCCAAACCUCAGAUUGGGAAACUGUUGGCUUGAUGACACAGAAUCACGUUGACAACAAUAAUAUUUUCUCUUUGCCUUGUUACAAGUCAGGAUUAAAUAAUUUAAAAAAAAUCCCAGUUUUUAAUUACAUGUAUAAUAUGUAUAUAAAAGUUAUACAUCAACAUUAAGCUAUUCAGGUUCAUAAUGAUGCAGUGAUGUAAUGUCGGGGAUGAGAGACUGCUGUGCAGUUCCAAUAUAACUAGUGAUUAGAAUGAGAUAAAGUAUUGACAUGCAUUGACAACACUGGUUUAUUCAGCCAUUAAGGUUUUGUUUUUCAUAUUUUGCACUUUGAGGAUGUGAGAGGCAGAAGAACAUUUCUUUACAUAAAUGCUUUAUAAAUCUAGAGUCACAAUACCUGGCAGAUGAGUUGCUUGGUAUAUUGUAGGACAUUAUGGUAGUGUUUGGCAGUGGCUGGGUUCACCCCUGUCAACUUGGCUGUAGGGAGUAGCAGGGCUGCAAGUGUCUGCUGAUGAUCACCGGAGUUGAGCGCCUCAUUGAUCUCAGCUAUAGCUAUGAUGCCUGGAAGUAAAAGACAAGAACUAUUUGACACUUGAUCCGUCAAUGCGUUUCAUUUAUGUGGCGUU